AUGUCUAGCCUAAUCGGAACCAUCGCAAACGGCUUCGAGGUUACUCCCGCCCCCUCGGGCUUCCUCAAAGAGGCCACGGGAACCGCCAAGCAGGUCAUCGAGUUUCCAAUCUUCAUCACGGUCUGUCCACGGGAAGAGGACCUCCCCGAGGCGUAUCCGCUGAAAGCGACAGAGUUCGUUCCGGAGCCGUGCGGCGCCCCUAACGUCGGGGACCUGAUGAUGGGUUACUGGAUCCGGGACGGGGUCGUGCAUUGGACGCCGGGCAAGGUUGACAAGGCGGAGCGCAACAAAGAGGUUCUUGAUUGUUGA